UCAAUAUUCUUCGUUACACUGGCAAUUUCGAAAAAAAAAUACAAAAAAUUGCUGUAUUUCCAUGAAGAGCUCUUAUCAUUUAAACGAAUCUAGGUUAAGUUCAUGAAUACUUAUCAAACCCAACCAAACCUUACACCAGCUGCACACAGUACGCAACAAGUGCAAAGAAAAAUGGCGAAAGUAAAAACAACAGCUUUUGUAGUCGUCCUCUUCCACUUUGCUCUCGAUGUCUAUGGCUUGUCGUCAGAUGAAACUUGCAGACAGAGGCUUGAUAAUCUAGAGAAACUAUUGGCAAACCUAAAUGAGAAACUCGAAAACCAUCAAGCGGUAAAAACCAAAGAUGACACAAUGUUCAAAGUUAUUCAAGACGAAAAUAGUUACCUGAAAAGGAGAAUUAAAUCAUUAGAAGAAAUUGUUCUUACCUCGAGUCGCCGGACAGAGAAACUUGAAGCUAGGAUUGCAGAUUUAGAAUCUUCAUACUGGUUUCUGAAAUCCAGAUUGACAGCAAACACUAACUUCAGGUUCAAUAAGAAAUAUUCGAGUUUUUUACUUAAAAAUCUCAAAACAGGCGAUAUAAGUAAAGAAAACACGACUACCCAUCCACCGACAAAUCACGGUAACGAGGAGAAGCUACAACUCCAAACUGCAUCGGUAAAACGCAAAAUUAGUCAGUCAGAGAAAAUACCACGUGCAUCAAAAGAAAAACGUCUUCUGACAGCGAUCCAGUCAACCUCCACCCCAUUCCCAGAUGGUGCUGCAUUUUCUGCAUACGUGUCUCAUUAUGAAACAGACAUAUCUAAGGAAUUCACCAUUCACUUUGACACAGUUUUAACAAACAUCGGCAACCAUUAUAACAAACAUUCAGGAAUAUUCACCGCGCCUCAACACGGUGUUUACGUAUUUACGUGGAAUCUCUACUCUAAUACGGGAGGAUACAUAUAUUCUCAGCUUGUUGUGAAUUCUAAUGUAGUUGGUGCUAUGUUUACAAGCGCACAGGGUGCUUCUAAUAUUAGAAGUCCUACUGGUAUUGUGGUUGUGGAGGUGAAUCAGGGAGAUGUGGUAUUUGUUCGGACUCACCCUACAAAUGGUCACAUCGGGAAUCUCCAAAGUGCCCCAGACUGGCGAUCAUCCUUCAAUGGCUGGAAACUGUACUAACAUACGUCAAUAAAAAUGAAUUCUCUACAAUUAAAAUAAAGUUACUACAUUAA